CGGGGGUCCAUCGGUUGUUCGGAGAGUUGGAAUCGAGCCCCGGGUGCCAUCGCCACCCCCCGUCCCCACCUCUCGCCUCACGUGCUGGGGCGGAGACUCGUUUUUGGGAUUCUCCAGUGGAGGAGGACGGUCGCUCCCGUUGUGCUCGCUGGAGUGACGUUCGCCACCACGACUCGGGCACAGACUUGCUUUUGACCUGCGUUUGUCACGCUUUUUACAAUGUGAACACAAUGGCCGGGACCGGCAGCUGCGAUUGGGUGGAGAUCCUGGAGCCGCGCUCCCGCGAGCGCAUGUACGUCAACUUGGCCAGCGGCGAAUGCGGCUGGAAUCCUCCUGCGGGCGCCCCCGUUCGCCAGGCGGAUGGCAACCAGUGGUGGGAGCUCUUUGACCCCCAGAGCGCCCGCUUCUACUACUACAACUCCACGGGGCGCCGCACCGUCUGGCAUCGGCCGCAGGGGGCCGAUAUCGUGCCCCUCUCCCAGCUCCAGGCCAUGAAGCGCCGCAGUGAGGCCGAGCGGGCGGGAGCGGGUGCCGAUGCGGAGGGGCACCCGCACGGCAGCGUGGGGAGCCCGGGCGCACUUCCGCCCGAGCGAGAUGGAGACGGAGACGAUCCGGAGAGCGCGCAAGCGGCUUCCGAGCCAGCGGCGGAUGUCGCAUCGCGGGCAGACGGAUGCGGCGAGGAGCGCAGAGAACCGUACGGGAACGCCUCUCAAAGAUGGCAGCCCACGCCCGGUUCUAAGGCAGCCAUGUUGGUCAAGGUGAACAGCAUGAGUCGCAAGCAGCCGCUCCUCCAGCCCGGCGCGCUCGACAAAGCCACGUUCAGCCAACAGCCCUCCGGCACCAAGGCCCAGGGAGGAUGUUUCAGCUCCGGCCGAGGAUACAAGACGGCCCCCUGUGAGCCGCGCCAGGCCCAUCACGCGAGAAAAGCCAGCGAUGGCAGCUUUUGCGCCGCCGCCGCCUCGGAUAGUCGUCAAGCCAGUCCGCUCCUCGGGCGCUCGCAGAGCGGCACGCCGCGCCCGCUGUCCCCGCAGUACGCCUGCGGCGCCCCCCCCAUCUACGACCAGCCGCUGACGGACUGCCCCGUGUACGACGAGCCCCCCGUGGACAUGGAGGUGGAAGGAGCGCACCUUUUCAACGGGCGACGCUGGUCGGGCCCCAACCCCUCCCAGAGUCUCCAGAGAGCGAGACUCCUCGGGCACCCCGCCGCUUCUGUUCCGGGCUCCCGGCACGGGAGGGCUCCGUGCGCCUCCGACUACAGCCCGGCCGGCCUGGAGUGCAUCAAGCACAUGAUCAACGUGGACCCCAAGCAGCUCCUCUCCGGCUCCCCCGUAGCCACGCGCGGCCCCUCGCCGACGUGCCGGCAGGGCCUCGCCCCGAACCCGCCGGCCCGGUCGCAGGCUCACUCUUUGCCCCAUGUCGGAAGCCCGUCGCGGGCCGGCGAAGCGGGGGCCCCGGCCCCCGGCGCGCCGGAUAAGAAGCAGAGUUGGCGGGUCCUGGAGGCCACGGUCCAGCGCGCGAUGGAGGCGCGGCACAGUCGGCAGAGCAGCCAGGCUUCGCAGGACUUUGCCCCCUCCACGCCGCAGGCGACGGCAAACUAUCAAGACUCGGGCUACUCCACCGGGCCCUCUCCCGGUUUGAGGCGAAAGAGCCGGAGGAGGACGGGGGCCGCGGCGGCCAGGCCGGGCUCGGUCGGCAGCGGCGGGGAGCUGUGCGCCCUCAACGAGAGGCUGAUGGCCGAAAUGAGGGAAGUCGUCGGGCGCUCCAACACCGUGAGGGAGGCGCGGGCGGGGCCGGAUCAGGAAACGGGCCGGCAAGCGCGCUCCCCCGUAGAACCGCGGAGAUGGCGCGGAGGCGGGGGGCCGCCGGCCGCCGACCGCUCGUCCCGGGAGGACCUCGCCGGGGCGGCCGACGCUCCCCUCGAGAUCCCGGCGAGGCAGAAGAGGACGUAUGAAAAAGUCGAUACCUUGGACAUGAGCCUUCCUGGCCGGGCCGGCCCGUCUUCGCCCGAGACUCCGGGGCCGCCCUCCCAGGCGAGCACCCUCGAGCUGCGGUCUCAGCCCGAGAGCGGAAAGAAGGACGCGGCGGACGGCCGCGCCGCGUCCCUCGGCCCCCGCCGGCCCGCCGGCCGCGAGAGCGGAGAGGGAGCCGAGGGCGCGGAAUCGCCCUACCGGCUGUCGUACGCCAGCCUGCGGCGGGCGGCGCCGCCCGCGGAGGUCGGCAUCGAGGACUGGGCCAGCAAGCACCUCAACAUGCACACGCAAGGCCUGUUCCGCCGCCGCGUGUCCAUCGCCAACAUGCUCUCUUGGAACCGGGGCUCCAUCAAAAAGCCCAUGCUGGUCACGGGCGACCGCGCCGUCCGCAAGGAGGCUUGCGAGAUGUUCAAGCUGGUGCAGGCCUACAUGGGGGACCGGCCCUCGCGUCUGGACCGCCGGCACUGCGCCCUGCUGGUGGUCACCAAGUGCUGGGACACGCAAGGCCUGCGGGACGAGUUGUACGUGCAGCUGGUGAGGCAGACCACGGGAAACGCCAGCCCCCGCAGCUUGGCGGCCGGCUGGGAGCUGAUGGCCGUCAGCUUGGCCUUCUUCGCCCCGUCGCCCAAGUUCCGCUGCUACCUGGAGGGCUACAUCCAGAGACACGUCGAGCCCGCCAGCGACAAGAAAUGUGAGUCUCAGAGCCGGCGGCAGGUGACUCAGUUCAUCCUGGAGCAGCAGGAGAUGAAAUUAAAGAAGAAUUCCAAAUCCAUGAAAAAGCGGAAGCAGAACACGGACGAGGAAGAAGGCCUGCCUGUCAGCACCUACGCCAAGUUCUGCCAUCGGAAGCUGCAAAAGGUGGCCAUCACGGGAGGGAAAAAGGGGCUACGCAAGCCCACCUUGGAAGAGGUGGACCACAGCAGACGGGCCAUCGUCACCCCCUCCCUGUUUGGCAGCUCCCUGGAGGAAGUCAUGGAGCGGCAAAGCGAGCUUUUCCCAGACAGGAAAUUACCCUGGGUGCAAGUUCAACUGUCUCAAUACGUUCUUGCUUUGGGCGGCGCUCAAACGGAGGGCAUCUUUCGUGUGCCCGGAGACAUCGAUGAAGUGAACGCAUUGAAGCUGCAGGUAGACCAGUGGAGGAUCCCGGAGAACCUGUCGGACCCCAAUGUUCCCGCCUCUCUAAUGAAGCUGUGGUAUCGGGAGCUGGAGGAGCCGCUCAUCCCCAUGAACUUCUACAAGCAGUGCGUCAGCAACUGCGACGACCCCGUGGCAGCCAUCGCCGUGGUUCAAUCUUUGCCUGAGCUCAGCAGGCUGGUGCUCUUCUACUUCAUCCACUUUCUGCAGGUGUUUGCUCAGCCAUCGAACGUAGCUAUCACCAAGAUGGAUGUGAACAACCUGGCCAUGGUGAUGGCCCCCAACUGCCUCCGGUGCCAAUCGGACGACCCUCGCAUUAUUUUUGAGAACACGCGUAAAGAGAUGUCCUUCCUGAGAAUGCUCAUCGUUCACCUGGACACCAGCUACGUGGAAGGAGUGGUGUAGACUCCCACAAGCUCUCUCUGCAGAAUACACUGGAAACACGCGGGACGAGACGUGACACCUCCGUGAGAGAUGAAAACAAAUGACCGGAGGUUUCCUCUGGUCGAAUGAUCCUAAACUAUGCAUCCAUGUAGUCUUAAGGCCAAGAAGCUCCAAACUGAGCCUUUUUUUUUUUUUGGUGACCUCUACUUUGAACCAGCGCACGCGAUGGCGACCUCACUUCUUCUUUUCCUGCCGACCGAGACUCUGCUGAUGUUUCUGUUUCCUCAUAUCAUUCAAGUGCGCCCGCGCGUAUGCCCGUCAGCGUGAGACAUCUCACCGUGCACAGGUUUGUUUUGAAAAUACAAAGACAAUCCAGAGGUUGCUCAUCUGAUCACUGUUCUAUUACAUGGGAUUUGGAGUGCAGAAUGUACAGCGCGCAAACCUUUGUGACUGAGUUUUGCUGAUUAUUUUCGAAAAACACAUUUGCAAUUCGUUCUGACCCUCAGUACUCAUUUGAGGGCAAACCGACCAUGUGUACGUCCAUCAUAUGUCUUUGUGAAGUGGGAGAUGACUUAUUUAAUGACAAUAAUAAUCUAGAAGAAAUUUCAGUUGGACCUCUGUUCUAUAUUCUUGUGAUCUGUGCGCGAUUUGGCUCAGGUCUUACCGGGGGGGGGGUAGCUUGGGGUAACUGCCGUAGACGGUCUCCCCACAGACUAAAACAUGUCAUCAUUGUCUCGAAGCCCUUUAUUGAGAAUGGACUGUUCCGCUCAACUGUCAAGCAUUCUGAGAAUGUCGAAUACGCUGACCGAGUCCUCUCUCUGGCGCUUCCAAUGUAUAUAGAACGCGUGUAAAUAACAGUAACAGUUUAUUGGAAUGAAGGAUAUGCGUGGGAGAUGCUGUAAAGAGCAAUAAAGAGGUCUUGUUUGUUUGUUCUGCUGUAACCGCCUGCCUUUUGAACAUAGGACUGACUCAAACCACUCGGUGUGUGUAGAUGCUGCACUUCCUUGUUUGACGAUAGCAAUUGUCCAUCAAUAAAGGUUCGGUCAGUUGUGU